GGGACAGAACAACUUGUUGUGGCCACAAACAGGGGAGACGAUCUUUCCUCGCAAUUUUUUAUCUUUUGGAUGCAAAAUUUCUUUUGGGCAGUUUUCGGAUUUGCACGCACCCGGAUUAAUCCCAUUGAUUUAGUUUAACGCCGGGAGUGAUGUAAGAGGCAAGCAAGAAAAACAGAGGACCCAUUUCAUCAAAUAGUCUCUCUCUCUCUCUCUCUCUCGGUGUCUGUGUCCUAAGAUCCAAGCAGAAGUUGUUUUGUUUCUCGGGGGAAUUCCAGAGACCCAUUUCCCCUGUUUCGCUACUCAUCCCGAUUGUACGAUCGGAGAAGUUUCUUAACUGGUAUAUUUUCUUUUCUUGUCUUUAUCCACUCUGUUUCGUGUUGAAGCAGGUGAAUGUUUCGUUUCUUUAUUGCUUUUGGUUCCUUCACUGUGCUGGGCUGCGGUUGGGAGGGUUGGUGAGCCGGUUUGAGGAAGAAAAUUAAACUUUGGAGGUUGUUUAGUAAUCAUCCGAGUAUCCUUGGUUUUAAGUUUAGCUUCAAUUCAUCAUAAGUGAGAUAAAAAUUUGAAAAGGAGAAAAGGGUUUUUUUCUUUUCUUUUGGGUUCCUAAUAUACGAUGUAAUCUGUCGAUUCUCUUGAUCUGUGCAAUUUUUUCUGUAUUGGCAAGAGAAAAAAGAUUCUUGAUAAGGUUUCUCAUCUUUUUUUGUUUGAAUAUUGAGGAAAUCAUAUCCAUUUUUCCGACAGCCGGUUUGUCUUUUUUGGGGGAUUUCUAUGUGUGUCAUCAUUAGCUUUAGUCGAACCCGGGAAGCAUUUAGAGUAGGGUUACUGAGAUAAUCAAUAUUUGUUCAUCUAUAAUUAGCUGCCAUUCCAUUGAUGAUCAUAAAUUUACACAAGCGUACUUCAGUUUAGGACUGCUGUUGUGGGUCUCAUUGUGGCUAAUCAUCAGUUCUUCUUAUCAAGGGCAAAUGCUCGUUGGAAUAUGUCUUCUUGUGAUAGAUUCCUGUUGUACUACUACUGCCUUUGAAAAAUCCAUUAGAGACAAGUAAGAAAUAGAGUUAUGGCAGCAGCAGAAGCAAGGGCAGCUUGGCAGCGGGCUGCCAACCGUUGCUUUGUUCAAGAAGAUGCUAGGAGAGCUCCAAAAUUAUCUUGCAGCACUUCAUCGUCUUCAUCAAAAUCUCAAUCUGAAUCUGAACCAGGUGAUGGAUCAAAUGGGCCAUAUCAUAAUAAACCUGGUUGCAUGCUUAAUAAUCCAAACUCUGAUAUACCACAUGACAUAAAAUGGUGGUUGCACCUGCAACCUGGCUUUGGGCACCAGAAAGAUUUUGCAUAUGAACAGCUGAAUACCUUGGAAGCUGAGGUCGAUGUUUUAAGUGCUGGAUUUACUAAUCAAACUUCCAGAUGUACCGGGGUUGACCAACACAUUGAAGAAAAUGCUCCUCAAACUGGUGUUAGAAGAAAUACGGACUCUUGUGUGGACCAUCCAUUGAAGGCCUGUGCCACUUGUUUGAAAAUUGACUGGGACACUAGAAUGCCUGAACUCAAGGCUGUCUUUAAUGAUAAUCCAAAAUCAGUACACAAAAAUACGGAUAUGGGAGAGUCUUGGUGCUCGGAUGAUCAUCUGAUGGAUUUUGACUCCCUCAACUCCAUAGUCUCUAAACAGCCCAAGAAGCUGUCUUCUGAUUUAGGAUCCCAUUGGAUUGAAGCUGAGAAGUCUGAGCCAUGGUGGCGCAUAACUGAUAAAGAGGAGUUGGCUUACUUGGUUGCUCAGAAGUCACUUGAGCAUAUUGAGAAUUGUGAUCUUCCACAACCCCAGACCAAGCACUUCGGGAGGAGACCAUCUUCUGGCCUGGAAUUUGACCGUUCUGGGAUACUUGCUUCAUCCUUUGAUCAGAAGGCAGGUAUGGGCUUCUCCAGUCUGACUAGCUGUACAUGUGAAAGUCCCACUUCAGUGAGCAUGAGUGAAAAACAGUGCGCUGUGGGUGAUUUAGGGAGCUCACUGCAUGUUUCAGGGGGACUGCUCAGCUCCAACAAUAUCUAUGGUACACCCGAUCUGGUGGAAGCCCAACACACUGCUGAGAGUGAUCCCAGCAAAGCUCAGCUGUUGGAUGCCCUCAGCCAUUCUCAGACACGAGCAAGAAAGGCUGAGGAGGCAGCACGACAGUUGCAGACAGAGAAGGAGCACAUUGUGAAGCUCAUUUUCAAACAGGCCUCCCAACUCUUCGCUUACAAGCAGUGGUUCUAUAUGCUACAACUGGAGAAUCUCUGCCACCAGCACAAGAUUGAGGAACAGCCAACGUCCACUCUAUUUCCAGACUCUUUACCAUCAGUUCCAUGCAAAGGCAGGCAAUCAAGAAAGAGUCGGCACAAAUCUGCAAAUCAGAAACCCGGGAUGCCAGUGUAUAAUGUGUGCAAGUCUGCUGUUGCUUUUGCAGUGGGGUUAAGCCUUGCUGGUGCUGGGCUGCUGCUGGGUUGGACCAUGGGUUGGCUGUUCCCUGCCCCCUGAACCGAACUUUGGCAGCCUGAUGAAAAUACCCGACUUUGAUCGUCAUUUAGGAGGUAGGCUUAUGUAGAAAUGCAGAUUUCUCAUUGAUACAAACUUCUCGCAAGCUGAAUGAAAUGGCCAAUCGACAUCGAUCUUCUUUUGGGAGGUUGGUUCGCAAGGAAAUGCAAAUUUCUUGUCGUUUAGAUUUUCAGCUACUUUUGGUACAUAUCUUCUUGUGUAGAUUUUUUUCACCGUUUGUGUUUGUGUAGGCAAAGAACCCAGAAGCUUUGCUUGGGAUUUAAUCUGUUUUUGUGGAUAAACCUUCCUGGAUGUGUUAAGAAUGAUACUUCUGUAAAAGAAGUGAUGAGAUGUGAAUAUGGAAGUGAAAACACAUUGGGUAAAAA